AUGAGAUUUUUGGAGAAGGGCAUUCCUUCUCUCUUCUCUGACCUCAAGCCGUUGUACAGGGACGAAGCGAAGGCUGCAGUUCUUGGGGAGCUGUUUGAGGGCUAUGCUACCACCCUGAGAGCAUUGGGCUCUCAUCCAGAAUCUGAGAAUUGCAAGAACCCGUCGAAGCUGUCCCCACAGGCACGGGUGUGGGUGUUGCACUACCUUGCACAGCACUAUGACUACUUGGGGCAGACCGAACGAGCGCUCGCCUGCAUCUCGGAGGCUGUUUCACACGCUCCAAAACUCGUUGAGCUGCACUCG